AUGAAGCUUUUAGCAAAUAGGAAGAUUCCUAUUAAUCAAAUUAUGAAUAGUUCAGUAAGCGAACUUAAAUCAUUGAUGAGUGAACCCGUUAGUUCGCUCGCAGCCCUGGAAGCUCUCAACGGACAUGAACAUGGUCUAGGAGAGUUCUUUAUAGGAGUAGUUUCUAAUAAAUUACAUUUCAAGUCUUAUACGCCCAGGCCUAAGUCAGGUUCUGUGGCUCAAACAGCUAAGCUGAGUAAACAGGGUAACUCGUCUCCUGUAACUAUGGCUCACCCAACAACUACCUUAAAACCUAAGGUUUCUUGCCCUUGCUUUGAUAGUUCGGAUCAUAACAUCCUACUCUUAGUUACAGCUAAAGUGCAAAUAGUUACUCCGUCAGGACAAGGAAUUUAUGUGAGAGCGCUUAUUGAUCCUUGCUCUCAAGUGUCCUUAAGUUCUAAGGCACUCGCUCAAGCAUUGAACUUACCACUUAAAAAGCCACUGUCCAUGCCCGAAUUAUUGAAGGCUCCAUUACAAAAGACAACUCAACUGGUCCGUCCAUCCAUUACAAAAGACAACUCAACGAUGGCCUCUAAAUCUGCAUUAGGCUGUCGUCUGUCUGGCUCUUCAUACGUAUUGAAACAACGACCGCACUUGAAAUAUACAGAUGUCUUUUUGAUAUUACUGCAUAUUAAUAUAAAAUGCGUAGACUUCAAUGCAAUCUGCAUUAACGUGGAUAGUGACCAAGACUUGAAAAAAAACAAAAACUUCUUGACGAGUAAAAAGGAAAGAAUAAAAAAAAACAAGCUAGAACGCAUAAAAAAAGAGAUGUUAGAGAGCAAAGCAGAAGAAAACCAGGCAGUGAAGUUAAAAACAUUUACAGAGAUAAGAAAAUUACUUCUCACGAUGUUCUUUCGUACUUUAAAACAAUCUUACAAUAGCUCUAUUUUAUCACUCUGUUUACAAGGAUUAUUAAAGCUAUCGAGUAAUUUAAAUUUGGAUGUUUACCAAAAUAUUAUAAGUAAAAUCAUCAAAUUAUUAGAUUCUGGUGAAUUAAGUAUUGAAGAUGAACUUAAUUGCAUUCAAACUGCUUUUUUUAUACUGAAAGAAAACGCUUCUACAUUUUCUAUAAAACCAGUUCGGUUUUGUGAUCAUCUUUACAAAAACUUAUUAAAAAUCCAUGUUGGCCAAAGUGAUUUAAUUUCAAGCAUGAUUCUUAAGGUAUUGCAUCUUUUUUCUACGUGUACAAACCACAAUUUACGUGAAAACAGCACUAUGGCUUUUUUUAAACGUAUAUCCAUAAUGUCAUUAAAUUUACAACACAAUAGUAUUCUUGGAAUUUUUAGUAUCAUCCAGAUAAUCAUGCGAAAAUCAAAAAUAUCCACAAAUUUGUUUGAUACUGAGAGCAAUGUUGGGGAUGAAUCAACUUUACCAGAAUCGGACAGUCUUAACUACUGCAAUGCGAUUAGUACAAGCUUGUUUGAGGUAGUAGCAUGGCAGAAACAUUAUCAUGAGAUUGUAAAAAUGACUUCAAAAAAUAUAGGAUGGGAUCGUCUUCGUAUCAAUGAAUUCCAUUUGGCGACUGAAGUUUUAAAUUUAUGUCCAGAGAAAUUACAUCAAGAAUAUAGUCCAACAUUAGGCUUAUUUAAUCCAAAUGUAUUAAUGCGAAAGAGAAACUGUACCAUCUUAAAAGAAGGUUUUUUAUUCACAGAUAUUUUUAAUAAGACUGUUGCUAAUACUGGUAUUGAGAAUGUAAUUUAUAAUAGCUAUUUAGAUGUCUUCAGAGAUAUAGCAAUAAUAUAAUAUUUGUCUUAUUUACUAUUCCUUAUUAUAGAUGGUGUAAAGGGUAUAAACUAAGUUGUUAUUAUGAAAAUAGUCUGUCGGAAA